AUGGCCAGUUGGGAUUGUUGGAAGUGUGGGCAUUCUCAGGUGGGGUGUGGGGGGAAAAUUCGAUGUGAGGAAUUGUGUUUCGUUGGAGCAGAAGAAAGGAUCUGGAGGGUAUUAUAUAGAGCCGUGAUAAAAAACCAGGAUUCAGGUGGGAAUCCACAUAAAUUUCUAAAGAGCAGAAGGAUUCUUGGGACUACAAAAGCGUGUGGGUAUAGAAAGAGACCACCGCCUAUACAAACAUCAGAAAGCAAAAGAAGACCAAACAGAAAACCGUUGUAA